AAAAUUGUUAAGAACAACAAAAAGAAUGUUUAACUGAGUUCUUUUAAAAAAAAUUCUGAAAACAUACACGUUUAUCUUUAUACUUUUGCUUUUACUAGAAAAAUGAAAACCUUGGUGCAAAGUAAGAAAAUGUCAAGCCCACAGAGACAAGUCAGCAGUCGUCGCUUACCGCCACUUUCACAAAGUGCAACUAUUCGUUGUGAUAAAAACAAAUCUGUUAGGCAGCGUGACAACAACAAUACUUAUGACAACUUUUCGCAUCAUACCCCUCCAGAUUUUGCUAGCAUGUUUAUGCAAGGGCCUUUUAAAACAAUGUUAUUUGAGCAAGCAGAAUUGAGUGUUUCUCCUCCGAACAAACAGAAGUUUGAUUCUCAUAUUUUUUUGCAAGAUUUGAGUAUGCUUGAUCCAGAGAUUAUCUACGAAUUUUUAAAAGGUAGUCCCUUACUUAUGAAAGAUUAUGUUCAUAAUCAUGUCUCUCGUGAUGAAUUGGAAUCAUGGCUAGAUUAUAAGACGUUUGAAAGUUUUCAGCAACGAUUAUCUGUUACAUCUUUCGAUGGUUGUGGCUUUCCUCCAGCUGCAAAAUGGAAGAACACGUCCAGCGUAGAGCGGCAGUAUUUUAUGGAACAGUUUAUCUCGGAGGUACAUUCUAUACAUGGUGAUGUUAGAGGUGGGAUCCUCAAUCAAUUGAUCGAUUGUUGUGCUUCCGCUGUAAAUGCAUCUGGACAUAAUUUAUACUUGGCGGACAGCGACGGAAAGAGAAUAUGGCAAUUCAUACCCGAUUCUUCAAAGCCGAUAAAUUUAAAUAUUAUAAUGGAGGGAACGACAGUAUCUGCAUACGUUGCAUCCACCAAAGAGGGAAUCGUUAUAAACAACAUCGAAGGGGAUGAAAGAUUUCCAUUUGGUAUUAAUGGUAAAGAUAUAAACGUUGGUUCUGUCCUCUGUCAACCUAUUAUUCAACCAAAUGGUGAUUUAGCAGGGGUGAUGGAAUUAACGAGAGCAGCUAACCUACCUCCUUUUACCGACAAAGAUAACCAGAUUGCAAACAGCUACCUUGCUUGGGGUGGCAUUGUACUUUAUUACGCCGAGAUGUACCACACUAUGCAUAAACAGAGAAAAUUAAACGAAUUUCUACUUAAUGUGACGAAGUCGAUAUUUCAAGACAUCGUCAGCAUGGAUACCGUUAUUAUGAAAAUUAUGAAUUUCGCACAAACUCUUGUGGAUGCAGACCGCACAUCGUUGUUUUUAAUGGAUACAAAAACAGAUGAACUCUACGCAAGAAUAUUUGAUAUUGGAACUGGCCUGGAAACUAAACUGCAACAAGAGAUCAGAUUUCCAAAAAGCAAAGGUGUGGCUGGACAUGUUGCUUCCACUGGUGAAACUUUGAAUAUCAAGAAUGCGUACGAUGAUCCAAGAUUUAACAGAGAUAUUGACAACCAAACUGGUUACCGAACCCAUACCCUUUUAUGCAUGCCUAUUUUUAUACGUGGGAAUUUGAUAGGUGUUGUGCAGAUGGUGAAUAAGAAACAAGGAGUGUUCACAACAGCAGAUGAAAAAGCUUUUCAAACAUUCGCAGUAUAUUGUGGUCUAGCCCUUCACCAUGCUAAGUUGUAUGAUAAAAUUCGAAGAUCCGAGCAAAAAUAUAAGGUAGCAUUGGAAGUGUUGUCAUACCAUAGUAUGUGUACUGAAAGUGAAGUGGAACAGGUGAAGAAGUAUCAAGAAAAAUAUGAGGACACUACAUCCAUUGCCUUAACCGAUCCUGUAAUCAGGUUCGAGUUAAACAUUGUCGACUUGGAAUCAGUGGAAAUGGCCAAUGUUGCAAUUAGGUUGUUCGAUGACUUGUUUAAAACAGACAGUCGUUUUGAGUUGGAUGAAGUUAUAAGGUUCACGUUAACUGUUCGCAAAAACUACCGGCGAGUGCCGUAUCAUAAUUGGACGCAUGCUUUCACUGUGGCGCACUGCAUGUACUGUGUUAUGAAGUUUUCGAAAGGAAUCGUAACUGGGCUAGAAGCAGUUGCUUUGUACGUGGCAUGUCUGUGUCACGAUUUGGAUCAUCGAGGCAAAAAUAAUGAAUGGAUGAAGAUAGAAGGCACGCCAUUGGCUGCGGUAUACACCACAUCAACAUUAGAACACCAUCAUUUUAAUCAGACCAUAACUAUUUUGCAGCACGAAGGUCACAACAUCUUUUCUCAUUUGAACUCCUCCGAAUAUAAACAAGUACUGGGUAUGAUCAAAGACUGUAUUCUUGCUACUGAUCUGGCAUCGUUUUUUUCAAACAAAGCAAAACUUCAAGUCGCUGUUGAACAAAACUCUUUCGACUGGAACAAUAAUGAACAUAGAAAAAUGUUUCGCGCAUUAGCCAUGACUGCUUGCGAUUUGUCAGCAUGUGCAAAACCGUGGAAGAUACAAUAUGAAACAGUUAAGGUCAUCUUCCAAGAGUUUUAUGCGCAGGGCGAUGAAGAAAAAGCUCUUGGUCGUACUCCAGUACCGAUGAUGGAUCGAGACACAGCGGAUAAGCUGCCAAACCAUCAAGUUGGUUUCUUGCUUGGAAUAUGUAUUCCUGGUUAUGAUAUUUUACAAAAGUUGGUACCUGGUGCAAAACCCUUGCUAGAUGGUGCAAAGAAGAAUCUUGCUGUUUGGAGUGAAAUGGUUAAAAAGCAAAAUGAAGAAAAGGAAAAAGAUGAACGUGAAGAACAAGACGAAGAAGUUGAGGAUAACGAGGAUGGGGAUAAUAAAGCUGAAGAGGAAGAAGAAGAAGAGGAAAACAAAGAAGAUACACAACCAGAUCUCGUUCACCCAACACCUUCUAAAACAACCUCACAGAGACCAUCGCCAGCACAAGCUGCAGAAGAAGAUGAAAAUCCAAAUGUUUCAAAUGAAGAUGAAACAACUGACGAAGAUGAAGACACAGAAGAAGGAGAUGAGGACGAGUCACGGCCAGAUCCGAAACCUAUUGUCGAUGAUAAAUUCUCAAGAAAGAAAUUAAGAAUGAAAAAAAUGAAAGCAAAAAAGUUCCACAAGUUAGCACAUAAAGCAAAGCAUCAUAAACACAAGUCUGUGGAUAAAAUAGAAGACGAAAAAAUAGAGAGACAUUCAUAUAGACACGAGAUAAACCCUCAAGACCCACCAGGUUUGAUGGGUGGCGAUCUGCAUCUGAACACUAACAAUAACGAAAACUCUAAAAGUUUCUGGAACAUGUGGCCAUAUAUAAACAAUGGAUACAGCAAAAAUAAGCCAGGGCAGCAUUUAACUGAAUGGUUAAAUAAAGGACUUCAUCUGCAAAGUGAAGAAGGUUCCACAAGUGAAGAAGAAAAAGAAGAAUAUAUCUUUGAAGAUUCAACUAAUAAACAAAAGAAGAAAGAAAACGAUGAUGACGAUGAUGAAUUUUCAGCCAGUGGAUCUGCCGAUGAUGAAGACUAUGUUGACUUUUAUCCCUAUAAAAAGACAAAGGGUGACAUAAUUGGAACAAAGAAGCAAAAUGAACUUAAAGUACCGAACGUCAGCAAUCCUUACGAUAAACCCAAUCCACCUAUGCGUCACGAAGAUCAAUUCGACGAAAAUCGCAAGUACUUGGACAUGCUGCAAGAAGGAAUGCAACAGCAGUCAGAUAAAUUCAAUCAAGACAUAAUCUCACAACAACCUAUGGAUCCAAAUAAAGUUGACCAAACUAAAAAGUAUCCGUACCCAGUACCAGAUAAAGAACUUCAGAAACUGACUCCAAUAAAUGUGUUUUUUAAUAAUGGACCUUUGGGUUAUGAUCAAGUAUAUCCAAGAGAUUUAGCAAGUAAUUUGAACUUGAAAGGCAACAUGGAUCAGUUGAAAUCGUUAAUGGAGAGUAUGCAACAAAAUGUUGACACUGCAAAUGAAGCGAUGCAGGACAAACAGUUAAAUGAUCAAAGAGAAAUUAACGAGCAAGAAAGAAAAAAGGGAAGUGGGAAGAAUAAGAAGAAUUUUUUUGAAGAAAUCCUAGAUGACUUUAACCUGUAAAGUUCGAUUUGCCUUUUAUUUUUGCUAUAUUAAAAGACCUCUUUUGAAAUGACGAAGUUCGGGGGAACGGAAAUGAUCCAUUUGAACAUGAUUUUGUAUGAAAUUAGUUUUGAGCUUUAUAUAAAACACACACAGACGAAUAAUAGCGAAAACGCAGUUGAUAGGGUUACUUUAAAAAAAGAAAACGUUUGCUGAAGAAACUGUUGCGGAUUUAAUAGUUUUAAAGAAGGUUUUUUCAACAAAAAGCGAAAGCUUUUUUUCUAUUAACUGCAAAAUUUUGGCGAUCUGAACUACAAAAAAUAUAAAAAAAAUUCGUUCUGUGAUCUUGACAUGGGAUUUUAAGAUGAUUUUACACACACAAUAUUUUCAUAGCUCCAUAACUAGUACAAAGAUUUGGAACGUUUUGAGGCUGUCAACUGCCCGUACCCAUAGUAUUUGUCCUGUAACCUGCUUUUAUCAAUUAGCUACCCAAUAAUACGUAACAAUAAAUUUUCGCAUUGACUGUGAGAAAUUUGUCCUCAUCUAACAGGGCCUGAUCAUUUAGCUAGUGACCUUUUCCUGCAGUUUUGUAAAUAUAUAUAUUUUAUUUCAAUGUUGGCUGGCUAGUUGCCAUAAUAAUUAAGAUUGAAUUUUAAAAUUUCAGAAUAUUUAA